AUGAUCCACCCGACUCCGAAGCGAGACGCCUCACCAGGCGGCUCGGAUAUCUCGGAGAGCCUGUUGCCGAAGCGCGCCCCGCAAUUGACAUGGGAAGUUGUAUUACACGUGCUCGCCAAAGAGUAUGCGCCGGACUCGACGUUACUCUCAUCACCGUACAUAUCUUACGCUCCUCAGGACUGCGUCUGUGGCAUGUGGGUUGACAGGUUUCUCGAACUUCCUCCCUCGGCGGCGCAGGAGCCUGUUGUUCAUGCUGCUUUGACGGCUCUUGGCGCCACAAUUCUGAGCAGAGGGUCUCGGAAGAAUGUGUUACAGGACAUAAGACUCGAUCUCCACAUUUCCGCAUUGCAACUCGUCGCAAAGGGGCUACAGGAAUCAAAAAGGCCUCCCACACCUGAAUUCUGGAUAGCGAUCCUGUGCUUAACCAUGACUGAGAUCUACCAAGGGAUUCUUUCUCGGAAAAGCGUAUUCGUAGCGUACGAGAAAUGGCAAACGGUACCAUUCUCCGUCCACCGACCGAACGAAAUGCAGCAACUUCUCGGCGUUGUUGCCCCCGCCACUGCAUUACUCGAGAAGCUCGACAUCAUCAAAGCUACUCCAAGCGAUGUUGAUAUACGUGCCGCCCAAGACCUCCGCGAGCAAUUCGUUGCCGUCUUUGCAGCGUUAGAGAAAUGGACCCAAGGCUUCCAUGUCCGCCAUAGCCGCGCCGCACCGCUCUACUGGCAGCACAGGCAGCACUGCACACCAUUCUCCGCCAUGUCUCCUUCGCGACAGACAUCUCAACGUGCAGCCAAAGAGGCGGUGGAAGCCACCUUGGGUGAUGACGAAGGCGACAUCUGGUUCCCCACAAUCCUGACGGCCAAUGUCCUGACCAACAUCUGGUCAUUCCGCGUCGUCAUCCUCAUGUCUCUUCUUACGCUUGACAACCUAAUCUCCACAUGCGCUAGAUCUUCCCACUAUACUGCAGCCACCGUAACUCUCGACCCUGAAUCAAAACUGACAGAGGAGAGAAGUUCUACGGAACUUCUCGACCUAAAUUUCCUGCCAGUCUCAACUUCUUCCUCCGCCUGUCCUCUGAGUAACCCUCUUGCCAGCAGCGCCAACAUUCUCCGCAUGGCACAGCGGAUCCUCCAGAGCGUGCCAUACCUCCUGCAACCCGGAGCAGGUUUCUACGGUGUGAGCGCGGCGGGUUUCCUGGUCAAGAUUGCGCAUGAGGCAUACCAAUUCGUGGCCAACAGGACCCAAGAAUUCCAGCAGCAGCAGCAGCAGCAGCAGCAGCAGGAGCAGGAGCAACGACGGCAACAUCGGCAGCAAGCUCGGAAAGGAAUCAGGAAGUGCCAAGGCACGAUACGUGAGCUGGAGGGCCGAGGAUAUCCCUAUAUGGCUUUGUUCAACGGGCGAUAUUGA